AUGUCAAACUCAUCGGCGCCUUUGAGCGCAUUCCCCAUUUUGGGGGCCGUUGCCUCUCUACCCCUUCCUGCUAUUGCAGCUCUUACUGUUUUUGUCGUCGUUCCUGUUGUAGCAAUAGCCCUCAAUGUAGCAUGGCAAUUGUUGAUACCUCGCGACCCGUCUUUACCCCCUCUUGUGUUUCAUUGGGUCCCUAUUAUUGGUUCUGCUAUCGCGUAUGGUGACGAUCCUCUCGGCUUUUUCUUUUCAUGCCGCGAAAAGUAUGGCGAUUUGUUCACGUUCGUUCUCCUUGGUCGUCAAAUGACCGUCGCCUUAGGUCCAAAGGGUAGCAACUUCAUCUUGGGAGGAAAGCUCUCCCAAGUCUCGGCUGAGGAAGCCUAUACGCAUCUCACUACUCCGGUCUUUGGUAAAGAUGUCGUGUAUGACGUCCCAAACCAUGUGCUCAUGGAGCAGAAGAAAUUUGUCAAAUUCGGACUUACCACCGAGAACUUCCGGGCCUAUGUCGAUAUGAUUGUCGACGAAACCGAAAACAAUAUGAUUCGUAAGGAACUCUCCCCUGAAAACUGCCCACGCGAUUCCCAGGGCUGGGGGUGCUUCCAUGCGUUCAAAAAGCUGGCUGAACUUACAAUUCUCACCGCCUCGCGCACGCUGCAAGGCAAAGAAGUCCGCUCCAACCUCGACAAAAGCUUCGCACAACUGUAUCAAGACCUCGAUGGCGGCUUCACUCCUAUCAAUUUCCUGUUCCCCAAUCUUCCGCUCCCGAGCUACUGGCGCCGGGACCGUGCCCAGCAGAAGAUGAGUGACUUCUACGUGAACAUUAUUGAGAAGCGCAAGACCCAAAGCCAAGGUGACGAGCAUGAUAUGAUUGCCGCUUUGUUGAACCAGAACUACAAAGACGGUCGUGCCCUUAGUGACCGUGAAGUCGCUCACAUUAUGAUUGCGCUUCUCAUGGCCGGCCAACAUACUAGCUCUGCCACUUCCUCCUGGGCACUUCUUCACCUUGCGGAUUGUCCCGAAGUCGCGGAGAAACUGUACGAAGAACAAGUCAAGGUCUUUGGUAACCCCGAUGGCACUCUGCGCCCUUUGAACUACGAGGAAUUGAAAGAUUUGCCAAUUAUGGGUGCUGUUAUUCGUGAAACGCUACGCAUGCAUCCACCUAUUCAUAGCAUUAUCCGUAAAUGCAUUAACGACAUGAUUGUCCCUGCGUCCCUGGCUGCUCCCACUGAUAAGGUUAACGAAGGCCGAACCUACGUCGUCCCCAAAGGCCACUAUCUCUUAGCCUGCCCUGCCAUUGCCCAAGUAGACCCUCGCGUUUGGCGUGAUGCUGAUAAAUGGGAUCCCCUCCGCUGGCUUGACCCUACCGGCGCUGCUGCCCAGGCUGGCUCUUUGUACAAUGACGAGAAUGGCGAAAAGGUCGACUAUGGUUGGGGCGCCGUUAGCAAAGGAACUGAGAGCCCGUAUCAACCAUUUGGUGCUGGUCGCCACAGGUGCAUUGGCGAACAGUUUGCAAACAUUCAGCUCGGAACCAUUUUGGCGACCAUUGUACGCCGUAUGGAACUACGUAUUGAAAAGCGUGUUCCGGACCAUAACUACCAUACCAUGAUUGUUCUUCCAAAGGACCCUGUGGCGUCAAGUUCAAUGUAUCAGUCCAUGAAUAACCUGAGGCUCGAUCAAUGUCCAAACUGCUUGAAUUUUGCUGACCCUUACGUUGAGCACGACCCCUUGACCUUGCUACUAGACUUAAUUCUCCUAAAACGCGAAGUCUACCGUCAUCUUCUCUUUAAUCGUGGAUGGCCAUCCUGGUCUAAAGCACAAACGAAUCCUUGGAUCCUAGUUGUGAAGCUUGGAUUCAGUCUCAUUCUGAUAGAUGCCAUAAUCCGUUGGCGAGACGUCACUUAUACGCCCAAUCCCGCCUAUUCCUUUUCGCAAGUUCUGGUAGCUUGCUUUUUGGAUACCCUAACAUUCCAUAUCGGAGUUACUCUCGCGUCUGUCCUCCUCCUCAGAUCCAUUGACCUGUUCAGAAUCACAUUCAAUCGGCCGUAUUCAUCCACACUAGGAACUCGUGACCAAUUCAGAAUCCCUCUUGUAUCCCUUACGCUCUUUUACUCGUCUCUUACCAAAUUGUUCCUUCUCCUUCUACUAACCAUUUGGCAAUCUCCGUCAUCAUUUACCACGGUAGAUCCCGUUGAGCCUGGAGCUGGGCUUCCAAACUUUAUAUCCAAACACAAAUUCACGCAAUCUGUGCUUUCCUUGCUCGACGAGGACUAUUUCGACCGUGCCUGGGUUAUACGUAAUAUACUAGGCGGUAUGUCUGCCGGCUUUGGGCUGCGUGUACUCCUUGACUGUCACCCGGUUUUGACGACGCUAGUUGUGCUUUUUGGAUGGUACUCCAAAUCGUUCAUCGCGCAACUCGUUGACUACUCGACUGGGAUAACUAUAACCCUUGAAUACUCGAUUCCUUAA